CCCCGCCCCCCAUUUUUGGGGAUUCCCCGCUCGCUUCCGCUCCCGCGGCGACUCCGAAAAGCCCCAAAAAACCCCAAAGGGGGGAGGGGGUCCCCCAAAAUUUGGGACCCCCCAAAUGGCCGAAGAUCUUCCCGUGGACCUCCGCACGCGGCGGCCCCAAAAUCCCCCCAAACCCCCCCAAAAACGCCGCCCCUCCCCCCCCCCCCCCGAAACUUCGCUGCCGCUCCGGAAGCGCCGCUCGGUUUUGGGGGGGGGAAACCCCCAAAUUUUGGGGGAGACCCCCACGAACCCCCAAAUCCGGGCUGGGAAAAGCCCAAAAUUCGGGAUCGGCACAGGUGUGAGGGCGGAGCCGCCGCUGCCGUUUUUGGGGGGAGGGGGAAUUUUGGGGGUUCCCCCCGCCCCGAUUUUGGGAUCCCCAAAUUUGGGGGUCCCCCCUGAGCCCCCCUUGGCUGCCGCCAUCGCCGCCGCCACGCGGCAGGACGAGGACGGGGACACGCCGCUGCACAUCGCGGUGGCGCAGGGCGCAGUGACCGUCGCUCGCCGCUUGGUGUCGCUGUUCCUGCGGGGGGGGCGCGACCUCGACGUGUACAACCACCUGAGACAGACGCCGCUACACCUGGCGGUGAUCACGGGCCAGGUGUCCCUGGUCCGGCUCCUGCUGUCCCACGGCGCCUCCGCCAUGGCCCCGGACCGGCUCGGCCGCACCUGCGCUCACCUGGCCUGCGGGUCUCACCUGUGGGGGGGCGGGGCCUCGGCCCCGGGGGGCGGGGCUUGCGCCGGGCCACGCCCCCGCGUGCUGCGCGAGCUGCUGCGCGGCCCCGCCCCCCCGCCCGACCUGCAGGCGCGGGAUUAUGAGGGCCUGACCCCCCUGCACGUGGCCGUGGCCGCCGGGUCCCGCGAGAGCGUCCUGCUGCUGCUGGAGCACGGCGCCGACGUCGACGCCGGGGACAUCAAGAGCGGGCGCUCGCCGCUGCUGCACGCGGUGGAGAGCGACAGCCUGGAAAUGGCCGAGCUGCUGCUGCAGCACGGCGCCAGCGUGAACGCGCAGUCCUACGCCGGCUGCACGGCGCUGCACGCGGCCGCGGGCCGGGGGCUGCUGCGGCUGCUGCGGCUUUUGCUGCGCUGCGGCGCCGACUGCGGCCUGCGCAACCUGCACAACGACACCGCCGCCGGCGUGGCCGCCAGCGCCCAGGUGAUCGACAUCCUGCGGGGAAAAGCCUCGAGACCCCCCCAGGACCCCCCAAAAUCCCCCCGGGACCCCCCCCACGGCACCGCCUCCCAAGCCCCGCCCACUUCCGCCUCCGCAGCCAAUGGGGUGGAAGGGGCGGGGCUGACGGGAAGCUCCGCCCACCGACGGAGCAGCGACCAAUCAGAGGCGGCCGCGGGGAGGCCACGCCCCUCGGCCGCUCCGAGGCUCCGCCCACGGGAGGGGCGUGGCCAGGGCGGCAUUAAUUAAUAAAACCGACAAAUUAAAUAAAAAUAAAAUAAAAUAAAAUUAAAAUAAAAUAAAAACGAUAAAAA